AUGGAAGUCAAUGGUGAACCAGAUAUAGCUGGUAUUUUAAGCGCGGCUUUAAUGCCAUUGAAAGAUAUGAAACAUGCAGAUAUUUUGGACCAGUAUGAAAUGAACAUGGCUGAUGGAAAUAUAACACCUGACGUUCUAGAACAUUUAUCUCAAAGAACUACACAAAACCAUAAAGAUGGUAUAUUUGGUGAAGAGUUUAGAAAGAGAGUUAGGGAGAGAGAAGGAAGAGAACCUAUUGUACAUGACCUUGCAAACGAAAGUUUGCAAAAUGUCAUAAAAACUUACUUUGCAGACAAUGAACCGAGAAGGGAUGAAUAUUUAAGAAAACUCAAAUGGACAGUACCAAAUGAAAUGUUAGUAUUGAAAAACAUGUUCCUUGACAAAAUAAAACCAACUACAGAAAUAAACGACGCAAGACUGAAAGAUUGGGUAAAAGCUUUCCCAUUCACAAAAGAUAUAGUUGGUAACAUGGAAAGAAAACCAGAAUGGCUACAAAAACAUAUAUUUGGAAACGAGCAUAUUCCAUAUGGACAGGCACUGUUUGAAGAGCUUGAACCGGAAACUCAGGAAAGAGUCAUGCAAACAAUACGCGAAGACUCAAAUACAGACUAUGACAAACUCUUUCUAGGAUAUAGGUUACCUGAGAUGGGCGACCAGAGCCAAAAGGCAAAAAGGACAUGGGAAAUUUGCAACAUACUAGAUGAACAUAAUGCAAAGAUGCAACAACUUCAAGCAGAGGGCAAUGAAGGAAAAAGAAGAGUUAAAAACUCAGUCAGGAAGAAAGUAAAGCUUGGUCCACGUGGGUUCUAUUAUGACAUAUAA